GGCGGCGACGGCGGCGGCGGCGGCGGCGCGGAGCCUGAGCGGGGCAUGAGGCGGCCGCGGCGGCCCAGCGGCGGAGCCGUGUAGCGGAGACGAGCGGCGGCCCGCGUCCCUGCCUCCCUCGGCGUCGGCGGGGGCGCGCGCGCGGCCCCCACCCCCCCGCCACCGCUCUCCUCGGCGACCCGCACCGCACCCCCCACCCGCGCCCGGACCAUGAUGAAGCUCAAGUCGAACCAGACCCGCACCUACGACGGCGACGGCUACAAGAAGCGGGCCGCGUGCCUGUGCUUCCGCAGCGAGAGCGAGGAGGAGGUCCUGCUCGUGAGCAGUAGCCGCCAUCCAGACCGAUGGAUUGUUCCUGGAGGAGGCAUGGAGCCCGAGGAGGAGCCGAGCGUGGCGGCGGUCCGAGAAGUGUGUGAGGAGGCUGGAGUAAAAGGGACACUGGGAAGAUUAGUUGGAAUUUUCGAGAACCAGGAGAGAAAGCACAGGACAUACGUGUAUGUGCUCAUUGUCACAGAGGUGCUGGAAGACUGGGAGGACUCGGUCAACAUUGGAAGGAAGCGGGAAUGGUUUAAGAUAGAAGACGCCAUGAAGGUGCUGCAGUUCCACAAGCCGGUGCAGGCGUCCUACUUCGAGACGCUGCGGCAAGGCUACUCGGCCAACAACGGCACCCCGGUGGUGGCGCCCACCUACUCCGUCUCCUCCCAGAGCUCCAUGUCGGGCAUCAGAUGACUGAGGACUCCUGUCCGGGGAGCGGGAACCUAGACUGACGUGCAGACCUCCCCUCUCCCGCGCCCGCCUCCUCCCGGCCUCUCAGUAAGGCAUGACAGGCCGCAGAGAAAGGGUUCAUUGAUACGUAGCUGUUUGGUGUUAAGUGACGGGGCUUUUUCUUCUCUUUUUACCAAGGGGGGUGGGUGUGUAAUUUGUAAGUACUUUUGUGCAUGAUCUGCCCCUCCCCUCCACACCCCUGCACCUCUCGGGAGGGGAGCCCCGCGCCUUCCCUCUGCCUUGGAUCCGGAGAUGUUCCUGUUUGCAUCACCCCAGACCUAGCCAGACAGACAUUUCUUUUUGAUUUUUAAUUUUUUUUUUUUAAUUCAAAGAUACCAAGAGCAGAUGAAACCUUUCAAGAAUUUCUCCUGUGGUGUACUGUCUAAUAGGUUGGUGACUUUCCUUGCAGUAUCCAUUUAUCUACACAUUAUAUACUUGGCAUAUAAUAUGUAAAUAAAUGACAGAGAAGGAAUUUAAUUUUUUUUUUGUCUGCUUUUUUUUUUUUUAAGGAGGGGUGUUGCUGAAAUUGAGAGCUUGGCUCAUAAUUAAUCUUUUUUUUUUUUUUUGGUGGGGGGUGCUAGGAACGUUUCUGUGUCCUUUCUCUUUACCACAGCCAUUGGUUGUCAUUAUUUGGGUUAGAGAAAGACUUGAGCUCACUUCAUAUUGCCCCCAGGACUCAUGGCCUUCUCUUCCUGUAGCUGUUUCCAUGCCAAUAAAGAAAUAGGAAGAAACCUAUUUUCUUUUUAUUACCAAGCCAGAAGCUAAUGGCCUCGGCCCAGAUCCAGGGAGACAGUGAUAGGACUGAAUUCCUCCAGAGAUGCCGGAGUAGGGGUCCGGCCUGGGCUCCUGGGAUGCUGGCCUGAGAAGCCGAGCAGCGAGCACUGUCUCCAUCCUGGUGGUUUGGGACUUUUUCCCCGAUGCUGUUUAUUGCCGACGCCGGUCUCUCUCCUUCUGCAUCCAUGACCGCACCGUGCAGGCCUGGAGGCGUUCCCGGGCUGGGGAGCGCCCAGGGCUCUUGGCAGGAGCAGCCCCGCAGCCUCACCCCUGUCCUGGUACCCAGAUGCAGUUCCUGAGAAGUAUGUGGGAGGGGAAACCCGGGUGUUUGCGUGUCUUUGUAAUGUUCCAGCCCCUUGUGAUCGCACCACAGAGCAUGCUCGGAAACACUCAGGGUGUCUCCUGCCCGGAAGUGCACGGCCCAGCCUCUGCCAGGGGGCGGGCCCGGAGAAGGCACAGUCAUUACCGGCAUGGCGACGCGAUGCAUCCAUCGGGUCUCUGCAGAAUGCCUUAGUUUUGCUAGAUGCUUCCUGCGGCUUUGUUUGCCAAUUGCCUUGUUUAGUUGGGAAGCAGAAAAGGCCUUGGUGGGGCGGGGGCCGUUUAGGGUGCUGACAGUGGGGGGGGUCCAUGACUUGAAGCCAGGAGCCUGUCGGUGCCUCUCAGUGGCAUCACCUGGGGCAAACCAUAGCCAAGAUGUGACAUUUAAAUCGUAGUUCUCUUUAUUUAAAAAUUCUAAUAAAUACUCGAAUUUUGGAAAGGUUUUGCUCUUCACUCCCUCUAAAAGAAAUAAUUGUGUGUCUCUCUGGUAGGCCUGCCAGACAGUGCUCAGCGUUUUGGUGGGGAACUUUGAAGUCUGUCACACACUGUCCGCUUGCAUCCUCUCCCCUCUCGGUCCUGGGACAUAAUCCAAGGCAGUGCCGCUGUCUCCUUCGGACCCCUCCCAGCCUCAGAGCGAGAUCGUACCCCGAGUCAGGUCCCUGUGACGAGGUGGAGGUGGAGCAGGGGACUGGAGCCCAGUGGCCACUUGCCAGCCACAUGCCUCACGUAAGGCAGACAGCUGCUGCUUGCUGCCGCUUUAGAGCAUUUUAAGGCUCUUUCCAAAUAAAGGGAAGUAAAUCCAACUAAAGGCUACGUGGACUCAAAAGCCGCAUUCUCCCAGAUAAAUUCUACCUAAACGGAAGGGAUGAGCACAGUAUGCAGGGAAACAGUCGCGUUCCUGUGGAAGGCGCAGGGGAAGCAAGCCUGUGAGCUGUGUGUCUCUAAGGGCCUGGGGAGGCUCUCCCGGGGCCAGGCCACCAGCCCACCCCCCUGCCGGGCCCGGUCGGGAUGGUGGUUGGCGUCCUUGGGCCCGGCGAGUGCACUGUGCCAGGACAUCCCUUUCAGCGACAUGAAUGGAGCCCGCCCUGCAGCGAGCCGGAGAGACUGUGCGGGCGCUUCAUGGCCGGCACAAGGAGGUUCUGUCUGAGCCCAGCAUUGUUGAGGCUGGUGCUGGCUUUUGUUGCAGUGAACUUCUCGGGGCCCGAGGUCAGUGCCUGGCACCACGAGCGCCAGGGCUGUCUCUGCUAAUGCGGAGUCUUGGUCCCGCUGUGACACGUGAUGGGGGCUCCCGGUGACUGUCCCCUUGAUCUCUCGCCCAAGAAGCCCGGGGCAGCGAGGGAAAGCACAGACAGGCCUCCUGGCAGAGGCGCUCACUGGCCCGGCGGCCCAGCGUGUGUCCGUAGCUUCCUGUCUUCCCCGCGGUGAACUCGCGGGGUCUGGGUCCUGGUUGCUCCGAGAGUGUGGGUCAGAUGCCACAGCUCUCAGAUACUUGUGAACGGGAAUUGUGUUCCCCACCCCCCUCCCGAUUAAAGCCCCUGAGGAAGCCCCCAUCAUGCUCUCAUAGCGCUUUCGGACCCGGACGCAGGUGGGUGUGCGUGUAUAAGAGUAAGAGAGGGGCUGGGGCCGCAGGAUCUUGGCUUUUUCGCACUCCGUGUGACAGGCUGGAGGGAGGCUGCCGUGGCUGAGUCUGGUCCUGAAGCAUCUGCCGUCUCAGCUCCCCACAGCCCGAGGGUGCCUUGUCCCUGAGGCCAUGGGAGGGAUGGAGGAGUCUGGGGUACCCCCGCCCCAUGAGGCUGCAGAGGCCUGGGGGUCCACCUUGCAUAGUGUCUCGGACCCUCCUGGAGUUCAGGGCACCGACCUCACCCCUUGUGGUACAGCAGUUUUGUAAAUGGUUGCAGGUUCUUUCGUGGCCAAAAAAAAAAAAAAAUUGCUUUCUGUUUUGAUGUUAGGGAUAACAUGUAGGUCUCUUAGGCUCGCUUAGAAGGAAGCAGGUUCCUCUCCUUCCCCUGCACGUUCCCCUGCCCCAGCCCUGCACGCUGUUCUUGACCUGGUAGUUGUGUUCUCACCGUGCUUUUGUCCGUCUCCCCACCUGAGCUGCUCCUCCACAGCUGAGUGAGAGCCGAAUCCCAUUAUUCUUUCACACCAAGGACGUGACGAUCACAGCCUGGGUUUUGCCACGUUGUCUGCGAUGCUGGUGUUUCUGAAGCGUUCUUUAGGGCCGUCUUCACUGGACAUUGACUCAGAAUAAAAAGAAAUCCUUAUACCCCGAUGGGAUGGAUCAUUGCGUCAAGAGAAAUGGGGGUUAGCUGCCAUUGCUAAUUCUGGCUUCAGCCUGAUCCCACCGGCAGUUGACAGAAAUAGAGGGACACAGCAGACGGUUCCCACAGGCGACACUGGGGAGAAGAGAGGAUGAGCCAGUGGCGAGUCCACAAGACAGACGGCUCUCUGGCUCAUGUUCAGGGAGUCACAGGACCCCGCAGUUCUGCGCCCAGAGGGCUGCUGGUGUUUCUGGAGCCUGCCGCACCGGGCCUUGGCCCACAGCUGUAGGAGGCGUCCUGCUGGUGAUGCACUGACCUCCGGGGGGAAGCACGCAUCCCUCGUGACCUGGCUGUCCAGGAGAGCCGUUUCUCGGUCUCUGUAGGCCUCACCUUCCGCAGUGAGACUUUGCAGAUGUUCAGGUCAAGCGUGAACAGGGGAGCGUGGCCUGAGAUCCAUGGGCCGAGUGACCGUGCAGCAGGGAGGGUCCAUGCCUUGCACGCGGCCAGCCUGGGUCUGAGUCCCGGCACCCCGUAUGUUCCCCUGGCCCUGCCGGCAGUGAGUCCCUGUGAAUGUGCAGCAGUAAGCCCCACGCACUGCCAGAUGUGGCCUCCAAACAAAGAUAGCUUCUGUGUGUGAUGACACCCCGGGCCCCACACCACUAGGGAGGCCCCAAAAUAGUCAUUUCUUCAUGCCUCGGGCUGACUUGUGGUGCCCGGGGCCGGCGGGAAGUGUUGGCACCAUCCCCCAAAGGCCCGAGGCCUUUCACGAGGGCAGCUCACCUUUCCUCUGAGUUUCUUUUCAGGGCACCUCAUCAGAACACCCGGAGAAUUCUUGCCCCUUCCAGCUAACCACACGCUUGCCCGCCUAGUCCCCUGCCGCAGAGGUGGCCGGCCAGCCUCCCGACUCCCGGCACCUUCCAGAAGGGAGCAGUUUCCUUCUGCAAAGGUUUAGCUGUGGGCGGAGCCCCCAGCACACACCCCUCGCUGGAGUCUCCUCCGGCCUGAGGCCCCUUUGCAGCAGGAGUCUUGGGAAUCUUGUGGAGAAAGGCAGCGGGUGCCUCCUCGGCCCCAUGCCCGGCCCUGGACUGUCCCCGCCUGUCCUUGCAUGGCAGAAGCGGGGGAAGCUGGUCUGUGAGUGAGAUGCCGGGAGGCGCCUGCCUGCUGCCUCCCCGAGCAGCCGUCCCCUCUUCCCUCCGUCUCCCGCCGGAGAGGGCCUAGGCACGGGGUCGGCCUCUCACCCCUGGGGGGGAGGCCCCACUCCCCGACUCCAUGGCCCGGUGCCAUCAGGGGUACAUUCCUGACCAAGGCCAAGAACAGGGGGCCCAGCGCCAGGAAUGGGAGCCGGUGGGCUCCGGUGUCCCCGGGGGCAGACCUGAAGCGAGGUCUUGGGGAGCCUCCAGGCACCGGGGGGCAGUGAGGCCUGGAGGGUGGGGGGCUGCUCAGCAGGCAGCGGGCGUGGGCUUCUAGGAAGGUAGCUGCUCUGGGGGGCUAGAGGCAGCGGAGCCUGGGCGGGCAAAGCCCCUCUCCACCCCUUCUGAUUGGUGCUCAGGGCCCAAGGGGACACGCCCCCGGUUGGGCCUGAGAACUCCACCCCUUCCUACCCAGGGAUGGACAGGUGUGUCGCUUAGGGCACAGGUGCAUGCCUGAGCCCCGUGGCCAGCUGUGGGGUGUUGCAUUUUGUAGCUAGGAAAAGGGUUUGGUGUCUCGUGCCCGAGAGACAGGUGCGUGUGGCUCUCUAGUGCCGCUUUCCCGCUCUCGUGUCGUGCCAGUUAGAAGGCUGGCCAGGUGGUGCCCCGCUCAGAGAUGGCCGCUGCUGUGCCGUGAGCGCCCUGGCCCGGCCCAUGAUGACCCCCGAGCACAGGGCAGGAGCAAGCUCUGAGUACCAGCACGUGUGACCAAGGCCCGAAGGAAUCGCAGUGGUGGAGCUGUGGUCUGAGUCUGUCAGAGCGUCUCGGACACGGGACCCCAGCUCCCAAGGGCAGGGGGCAGGCCCCGCCGUGCCCGGGCUCCUGGGGGUGGCAUUGGGGCUAAGAGGGUAGCUUGCUCCGGCUCCUCCCGUGACCCGCCGAGCCUCAGCGCAGGGACUGUCUGCGCUUCUCCCGCCACGGGCCUUCACGGGGGGCGGUGGGGGGCAGGGGGGCGCCUCCUGCGCAGCGGCAGCAGGAGUUUCCGGGGAGCCCCUUCCGCUUGGGCAGAGUAGCGAGGGUGUAGAGUUGACCUUUUCCCCAGAGACACUCUGAGGCCCCCCGGCCCCUUCCCUCUACUCCCGUUCUUAGCUGAGUCUCAGAGGGCCCGGGCACCUCUAGCCUGUCCCGAUGCCACGGUGCCCUGCGCGCCCCCCUUCCGUGUACCAGAGAGGCAGACACAGCCGGAGCCGCGGCACAGCGGGGAGGGCGCCUGCCUUGCACGUGGCCUGCCCGGUUCCAUCCAGCACUUCCUGUGGCCCCCGGUCCCCACCAGGAGUGACCCCUGAGUUCAGAGCUGGCAGUAGGCCCCGAACACAAAGGACAACAGCAGCAGCAAGGGCCUUUGGCAGCCGCGCCCCUGCUGGCUUUGGCGGCGCGGGCACACGCACAGCCGUGCCUUUCGCGGUGCUGGAGACAUCCAGGGCGCACCGGGCUGAGCACCCUCCUUGGAGAGGCAGGAGGAGUGAGCCCCCCAGAGGGCACCCGGGCGGGCGUGUGCGCCGAGGGGGGUGGGGACCCGUGACCCCCUCGCCCUGCGCGUGUGCGCUGGAACCCGCGGCUGCGAGGUCGUGUUGAACGUUUCUUCCGUUUCUGAAGCCACCUUGCUCGGUAUUGCAUGGAAGGUCAAGUUCCCCCCCGCCCCCCCUCCCCUCUGGGGGCCCCUUGCCCCCCCCCCGCCCUCCCGCCAGCCUCAGAAGGAAGCCACACCACACUGCAGGGUCUGAGGGCGUGGACUCGGGGCUGAUGGAGGAAGCUGAGGUUUCCUGGCUUCCCUUCUCAGGGUGUCGGCUCGUGGGGGAGUCUGGGGGGGGCCGGGCCGAGGCAGGCGCGGAGCUGUGACCCCACUCUCCCCUCUCUGACCAGCCUGCCGUGUGGCCACAGGGAAGCGAUCCGGAUAGACCCCACACCCCCGCCCCCUCCCGCUCCUUUUGUAAAGCAAACGCUCCCACCUGUGAGUGUGCUGUUCCUUCCCGCCUGUUCAUCGUUUCCCCCUCGGGAGUCGUGUGGGAGGGGAGGGCGUUGGAACUGUAGGUUGUAAUCUUGUGCCAACCAAUAAAAACCAGUAUUUCACACACA